AUCAGCGUAUAUGAAACGAGUUUAGGGUUGAAUAUUGGGAUUGAAGCCGCGUUGGCAUAUUUGCUCUUGCCGCCUGCUGCGGGUGUCGUGUUGUUGUUGUUUGAGCAGAAGAGUGAUUAUGUGCGCUUUCAUGCUUGGCAGAGUUCUUUGCUGUUUUCUGCACUGUUCUUGCUACAUAUCAUCUUCAUUUGGACGACCAUUGUGAGCUGGAUGCUGUUUGCUGGCGAUAUAGGACUGAUCGGCUAUCUGGCCUACGGAGCGUGGAGAUAUGCCGAGACGCUGGACCGAGUGGAAGUACCCAUAUUUGGACCAUUGGCGAGCAGUUUCGUCGACGAUGAAUGA